AUGGGCUGUGCACAUCACAAAAUGAAAAUUCAAAUUAUCCAAAGUGUUUCUUUCCAAGAACCACCGAAGCGAGUCCCAACAACUAUUUCUAAGCUCAUAUUAACCAAGGAGAAGAAAGAAUCUUUAUUCACAAUAAGUGAAGCAUCAGCAAACCUUGAGGACACUAGAAGACUGAGCAAGCUUUUCAGCAAUGGAACUGUUAAGCGAGCUCUUGCUGACUCAAGAAGGAUGAGCCUACUAAGUUCAGAUGGAACAUUAAACCAAACCUUCAAAUCUGAGGUCGAUUGCUAA